AUGAAUCCUUCUCUCCGUCUGCCACUCUCUCAUCCCUCAUCGCUGCUCCCAUCUCUUGUCCACCUGUCCAGCUUCCUAUCCUGCAUGGCAUCGGACAUGGGAGUGGAGUGUGCAUCGCCCUACGACUCGCGCUUCUUCCCCCAGCGCCUCCUGCUCUACGACAAGCACCCGGGAGGGAUAGGCUUGGCGGUGCAGGUAUGUCCGAUAUUCAGAGGGGAAGAUACUCCUUCUAUCCACCGCCCCUGCUUUCACCGCUCGCCCUACGACUCGUGCUUCUUCCCCCAGCGCCUCCUGCUCUACGACAAGCACCCGGGAGGGAUAGGCUUGGCGGUGCAGGUAUGUCCGAUAGGCAGAGGGGAAGAUACUCCUUCUAUCCACCGCCCCUGCUUUCACCGCUCGCCCUACGACUCGUGCUUCUUCCCCCAGCGCCUCCUGCUCUACGACAAGCACCCGGGAGGGAUAGGCUUGGCGGUGCAGGUAUGUCCGAUAGGCAGAGGGGAAGAUACUCCUUCUAUCCACCGCCCCUGCUUUCACCGCUCGCCCUACGACUCGCGCUUCUUCCCCCAGCGCCUCCUGCUCUACGUCAAGCACCCGGGCGGGAUAGGCCCGGUGGAUCUCCAGCCAGGCCCGGUGGGUCUCCAGCCAGGCCCGGUGGGUCUCCAGCCAGGCCCGGUGGGUCUCCAGCCAGGCCCGGUGGGUCUCCAGCCAGGCCCGGUGGGUCUCCAACCAGAUUCCAUGAAUUCCCAGCCAGACUCGGUGAAACCUCAACCAGGCUCCACGAUUUACCAGCCAGAGCUGGUGGGUCUCCACCCAGGCUCCAUGAUCUACCAGCCAGACCCCAGACCUGCUCGUACGCUUCUCCGCACACCGCAGCCGCUGCCCAUAAAGAUUUGCCCGACCGCCAAUCGCCUGAUCAGGCCUUUUCAGAUCCGAGAUCGCCUGACCAAGGAUUGUCUGAACGAGAAUCGCAUGAUAGAGGCCGGAUCAGGCGGGCAUGGGCGCGAGGAGUGGUACAGGCGAGGGCUGCACACCCUCCCAGGCUCCCCCCCUCGCCCCAAAUGGAAUGCCUCUGACGAUUCCUUCCUCAACUCCCUCCUGAGCAGGUGGCACGUGCAGCCAUACUCGUCGCAGCCAGGCGUGUAUCUGCUGCAGCAACCCACGGACUUCGCCUGUGUGCUGCUCAUCCAGGACGCCUGCUACCUCUUCAUGCAAGGCAAGUCAAAGCACCACCAGCCACACACGGGGAUCUGGUUCGCCAGGGAUCGAACCCGCGACCUCUCACAGAUAUCCAUUGUCAACAACGUGUGCCACCUGUACAGUGACAGGCUGGCAGACGCGCUGUACGAGUCCUGGCUGGAGCUGAGCUGGCAUGAGCUGGCAGCGGCCCUCGAGAGAGAGGCGGUUCAUGGGAAAGGGGUGAGUAGGGAGAGGGUGGAAGCAGGGGUGGGGGGAAGAGGAGAGAGAGGAGGAACGGAAGGGAGGGGUAGGGAGAGGCAAGCGUUCUGGAAGGGCAGGCGGAAGGGGAGGGGAGCAGAGCGAGCAGGUGGGGGAGCAGAAGGGGAGGAGGUAGGGGCUGGAGGGGUGGACGUGGGAGCAGGAGGGGUGGGUGGAGGGAUGAGUGUGGAGGAUGUGAAGGAGGUCGCCCGGUUGCAUGCUGCAGCAGUGCGGAAACGCAAGGCGGUCAUGGCUGCCGCUGCUGCUUCUGGUGCUGCUGCUGCUAGUGCGGCAGCAGGGGAGACGAGCACGCAGCAAGACAACAGCAAAGGGGGCAGCAGAAACGGCAGGAACAAGGGCAGGAGUAACGGCAGCAACAACAAGGGCAGCAGCAGCAAUGGGGCCGCAUGGGCGCAGUACCAUGCGUCCACGGACCAGUCUGCAACAGGGGACAACGGACUAGGGUACUCACUAGACGCUCUCGACGCUCCAGAAUCUCGAGAAUCUCUAGAAGCUCUAGACGCUUCUGAUGGGCCGGUGGUGGAGCCGGUGAGGUUGAGAGACCCCAGUGACGACUGGCCGCCGCCAGGGACAGGCGCGAGGGCGCAGGAGGCGAAGGCACAGGAAGCGAAGGCUGGUGAGAGGGCCGGGAGGGGUGUGAGAGGAGGUGGUGGUGGUGGACGGGAGAGGGUUGAGGUGGGUCAGACGGGAGGGAAGGUGAGUGGGAAGGGUGGGACGAGUGUGAGAGGAGGUGGUGGAGGAAGGGAGAGUGGGAGGACAGUGAAGGUGAAGGUGGUGAGUGCUCGGAGGAAGCUGCUGGGAAUCUGGGGGUCCCGGCAACGCCACAGCCGGGGGAGGCGCACACAGCAAUCCCACAGGAGAAGCAGCAGCAGCAGCAAUGCUGCCAACACCACCACUUCCACCACCACCAGCAGCAGCAGCAGCAGCAGCAGCGCGAGCGUCAGCAGCAGAAGCAAAUACCACCUCCCCCAGAUGCAUACUCUGCAGCCACGGCACAUGGCCAUGGACAACCUAGCAGACGGGUUCGCCCAGGAGGCAGACGAGCAGCCCCCCGUAGACCUCUCCGACCUGAAGCGCCGCUCCCUGCACACUUACGGGCGGCUGACUAACCACCUGGGCAUGACCCGGUACGUGGGGGUGAGUGAGAGGAGGAGUAGGGAGCGGCUGGUGAGGGGGAUGAGGGGGAGGGGGGUGAGGGUUGGUGUGGUGGUGCGGUAUGGGUCGGCUGUGGGCGAGUUUGGGCGCGCGCUGGUGCCUCUGAUGGAGGUGGCGGGGCACCUGGAGGGGUCGUUGCAGGCACAGACAGACACAGCACAGUUGGGUCAGCAGCAGCGUGGAGAGGAACGGCAGGUGGAGCAGGCGGGGCGGGGAGAGCAGGGAGGGGAGCAGCAGAGGCGGGGUGAUGAGGGAGUGGUGGUGUUCUUCCCCGGAGAUGACUCCAUUCGCUCCCCAUGGACCGUGCAUGCCGCCCGCCUGCUGUUUGGUGACGCCACCCGGGUGGAGGCAGGCAGAGUUGCCGGCCAGAGGAACCUUCUGCUCCCCAUCAGCAAGUUGCACCGUCCUCACAGUGCCGACCUCACUCGCCGCCGCGCCUCUCAAACCACACAAGCCACACACGCCACUCAGAACUCCCAAGCCACUCACACUGCAGCAGCCACUCUCCACGCCCCUCAACCCACCCACUCACUCACUGACCCCCUCCCAAGUUUCUCAAGCGCCCCAAUCCUUCCAAAGACCCCCCAGCAAGCUCUUCAACCCUCCUCCCUGGCACCUCCUCUUGCUCUCAAGUCACUUGACGUAUCGAUACAAGCUGUCUCGCCACAAGCCAUGGCAUCUGCAUCUGUUGACCGCACAGGGAGGGUGGUCCCCUCAAGGCGGCAGGAGGGUGCAAGUGCAGUGACGGAUGGAGGGGCGCGCGUGGGUUUGCAGGGCAACUAUGGAAAUGGGUCGCAAUCACAAGUGCGACCGGAGGUUUAUGAGAGGAGAAUACUGCCAAAGCUUGCCAUCCACGCAUCUCCAGAGGAGAGGCUGGCUGUGGGUGUUGCUGCGCUGCCAUUGGGUGAUAAACGUCGGGCAGCUGCUCUGGCGAAUCCCCUGGCUGCUGCUGCUGCCGCUGCUGCAGCUGCAGCGGGUGCGGCAGGAGGAGUGGCAGCAGGAGGAGUAGGAGUAGAGGAAGCAAGGAGGCGCACAGACAUGGGUUCAAGGCCACGUGAGGGAGUGGGGCAGAAGCAGCACGGUGCUGGGGUGAAAGGAAAGAGCGGUGAGGAAGGGGAGCUUAACGAGCACGAGAAAACGAAGAGGGAGAAGGAGAGAAAGAGAUUGGAAGGAGAGGAGGCGCAAGGAGAGGAUGACGAUCCAGUGGCAGAUGCUGAAGCAAUUGCGAGGCAGGAGAUAGAUGACUACUUGGACCAGUACCAGGAGGAGCAACACCGCACCGACCGUGAUAGUGACCAUGACAGUGACAGUGACCGCCUCCCCCUCCCCACUGAUACCAACUUUUCCCCCACUCCCAAUCUCAACCUAUCCGGCCUUGCUACUGCUGAGCCCGGUGCUACUGGGAUUGAGGCCUCUCCUCCCUCCUCCACAGGAGGUUUGCAGCCGGUGAUUCCCACUCAAACGUUUCUAUACCUGCUGCCUGACCGGGAUGCCUUGGGCAGAUUAACGGGCAGCACGGGAAAGGAUUCCUGGCAGGUGACUCUAGUGGAGCGUGACAAUGUGGAGGGGCUGAAGAACCAGCAGGAAGUGGUAGCGCUGAUUCAAGAGGUUUUCCCGGAGCUGCCGGUGGUGAUAGUGCGGCUUGGCAACGUGUCACUGUAUGAUCAAGUGACAAUAAUGAAGCGCACGCUCAUCCUUGUAGCAGUCCACGACCUUAUCCUCUCCACCUCACUCUUCUUCCUGCCACGUGGCGCUGUCCUAUUGGAGCUCUUCCCCUACAAGCUUUUCAGCACGCAGCACAAGAAGCUUGCACUCCGCUCUGAAAGCAGGCUCGUGCAGUGCACUGUCACGCCGCACAGGGGCUUCUUACGCUGCUACCCGGUCAUACCUGGUGCCACUCGGUGCCGCACGGUGCCACAAACGCGCAUACAGCGCCGGUCGCAAAGGAGUGCUGCCAUGCGCGCUCGCAUGCGGGAAAUUAGUAAUCGCGCACUCGCCUUCCGGGGCGUCGCAAUCGCGGCGUUCCUGCUGUCCGCCACGUGCGCAUCGGCGACUGCUCAUGACCACCCGUUUUUUCCGCCCUUCCGUUCCGCGCUUGCGCUAAAGGCGCUCGAGGUGGAACCCUCUCCGUCGCCCGAGUCGCUCCGCGAAUCGCGGCGCGCGCUAAACGCGGUGGAGGUGGAGUCGAUAGCGGGCCCCGGCUGCGUGAACGCGUUUCCCGCGAAGCCGCUCUGCAAGUUCGUCGACAGCCUCACGUCGCGCGUGAUCCCCGUGUUGGACGGCGGCUCCGGCAAGACGCUGACCAUCGGCGUCUACCAGACAUACCAGAAAUUUCACCGCGACCUUCCCGCGACGAAGAUCUACGCUUACGGCGUGAGCGAGAAGACCGCGUCGUACCCUGGGCCGACGAUCGUGGCGAAAAAGGGGGUUACCACGCGGGUAACCUGGUGCAACCGGCUGCAGGACCGGCAGCACAUGUUCACGCAGGACUACAUGCUCAUGAAAGAAAUGCCCAAGCCGAAAAAGGGAGGCAUUCCAACCGUGCCCCACCACCACGGUGGCGAGACGAUGAGCAAGUACGACGGGCACCCACUCGCGUGGUUCACGCAGUUCGGCGAGCACGGCCCCACCUUUUCCUCCUCCUCCUCCUCACACUCCCCCAACUCCUCUUACUCCUCCUCGUCCUCGUCCUCCUCCUCCCCCUGCGUCACCUACGAGUAUCGCAACCAGCAACCGGCCUCCCUCACCUGGUAUCACGACCACACGCUCGCUUGGACGCGCCUCAACACUGUAGCGGGGAUGGCGGGCUUCUAUAUCAAAACCGACGCUAACGGGGAUGAGCGCGACAUGAAGGCAUGGCUUCCUCCGUGGAAGCGCACCGUGCCUCUGGCGAUCGCGGACCGCCUGUUCUUUAAGAACGGAUCGAUUAACUUCCCCAACGUGGGCGUGGAUCCUAAAGUGCAUCCGAAUUGGAUUCCCGAGUACAUCGGCGACACCAUCGUGGUCAACGGCUUGGUGUGGCCGUACCUGCGCGUGCGCCCCGCGGUGUACCGCUUCCUCCUCCUCGGCGCGGCCAACGCGCGCUUCUUCAACCUCCGCUUCCAGUGCGCCGCGCGCGGAGACUACCCCAACUUCGUCCCCCCGCUUCGCGGAAGCGUCGUCAAUUUCGCGCUCAUUGGCAGCGACGGGGGGUACCUGCAGCGGCCCGUGUUCCUCUCCUCUCUGCUGCUGGCUCCCGGGGAGCGAUACGAUAUUCUGGUCGACUUUGCCGCGGCGCAGCAGGGCGGCGCGUGCAGGGAUGUGAUUUUAACGAAUGAUGCUGCAGCGCCGUAUCCCGGGGGAGAGGCGGUGGAUGGCAACACGGGCGUGGUGAUGCGGUUUGUGAUCCUCGACCGCAGUCCCUUCAAGGCCCCAGCAAUUCCCAAGAGAAUUGUUCCUGUCCCCUCUAUAGACUUCUCCAAGAUCCACAGAGUGCGCUGGAAGAAGCUAGUGGAGACUACCAACCCUAUAAGCGGCAUGCCAGAACGAGCCACUAUAGACGGGCUUCGUUAUAUGGACCCAGUAACGGAGAUCCCUGUACAAGGCAGUAACGAGAUCUGGCACAUCAUCAACCUCUCGGCCGACGCGCACCCUAUUCACUUGCACUUGGUGCAAUUCCGGGUCGUUUCACGCCGCGCUUUCGACGCCAUGGCGUACCAGGCGAACAAGUGCUCCUUCACGAGCAAGAACCGUCCGUCGUGCUUUGUGGGACCGGAGAUGAAGGCGCAGAAACACGAGAUUGGGUGGAAAGACACGGUGCCUGCGCUGCCGGGUCAAGUGCUCACGUUCUGGGUCGGCUGGUACGGUCAGGUGAGCUCACAGCUGUCGGAAGCGAGGUGGAAGUUGGCAAGGGAGAGAGGAGGAUAA